CUGCGGCCCGGCCCGGCCCGGCCCGGCCCGUGAGGGGAUGGAGGGGGGCGGCGGGGCCGCAGCAGAGCCCGAUGCAGGGCUGGAGCCGGAGCAGGAUCAGGCGUCAGAGCCGGCGCCAGAGCAGGCGCUGGGGGCCGGGUUGACGCUGGGGCCGGCGGCGGGCGCUCCCGUCGGUUACCUGCACGUCCUGUGGCAGCGGGAGGAGCCCACGGGCAAGAUCUCGGCCCGCCGCCUGCGCAGGGCCGCCCGUCUCCACCGCUGGCUGGGGCCUACGGGCAAGGAGACCCACGCUCUGAAAAGGUUGCGUGAAGCUGCCAAUAGCAAUGACUUGGACACAGUGCAGCAACUCUUGGAGGACGGAACUGACCCCUGUGCUGCGGAUGACAAAGGCCGGACAGCCCUGCACUUUGCCUCCUGCAAUGGCAAUGAUCACAUUGUGCAACUGCUUCUGGACCAUGGGGCUGACCCAAAUCAGAGAGAUGGCCUGGGAAAUACUCCCUUACACUUGGCUGCCUGCACGAACCACGUUCCUGUCAUCACCACACUGCUGCGCGGAGGGGCCAGAGUCGAUGCCUUGGAUCGAGCUGGCAGAACGCCUCUGCACCUAGCUAAAUCAAAGCUAAAUAUCCUGCAGGAAGGAAUCUCCCACAGCCUGGAGGCUGUACGCCUUGAAGUUAAACAGAUUAUCCAGAUGUUGCGGGAAUAUCUGGACCGCCUGGGGAGGCAUGAGCAAAAGGAACAGCUGGAUGACCUCUGCUCCAGGUUACAGAUGACCAGUACAAAGGAGCAGGUGGAUGAGGUUACAGACCUCCUGGCCAGCUUCACAUCGCUCAGCCUGCAGAUGCAGAAGAUGGAGAAGAGGUAAUGGGCUUUUAAAUCACAUUCCUGAUGCAGCAGGAGAAGCCUUAGAAAGAAAAAGAAGCUGGAGCUUACUUCCCAGAAUGCUGAAGAAACAUUGCUGCCAGUAGCCAUUCCUGCCAGAUCUACUGUCCGGUGGUGCUCAGAUUGUUCCUGUUAGCACUGCCACAGCCGCCUCAUGGGGAGGCAGCGGGCUUUGGACAACAGAGACCACAGAAAGCAGAGUGCUGCAGCCAAGACUUUUGGGAAAAAAGAGCUGCUCUUUUUAUCAGAUGGGCUGGUGCUGAAUAGGAAAUCCCUUCCAGAGAUAUUUUGCCUUACUCUAAGCACUUCAGCUUAAUGUAGGUGGUGGCUGAUGCUAUGUGCAGUCACCAGCCCUGACUAGUGCACUCAGCAGCUGGCCAGCAUCGCAGAAAUGCUUGGAACAGGCACCUCUUGCCACCUCUGCAGUACGUGGGAGAAAGUAGAUGCCUUGGACAACAGAAGGCUUAGUGCUGGGAGAAGAGCACACACUGAAUUCUGCAUGCUAGCAGCUGAGCAAACAUAUUGCCUUGAGAAACAUGCACUGAGGCUUAAUCCUAACCUUUCCCAAGCCUACAGUCAGAGAGCAGAGAAUCUGCUUGGUCGCCAAUGGGAUCUAAAGCUUUUCAUCGUUAGACUAACAGCUUUCACUGUUAGUUUUUAAAUCACUGGCCUCAGUUUUUAAAUCACUGUUCAGAGUUUGUGCUUAAAUACUACAGUGAAACACUUGCAAAGAAUACCCAGGUAGGCAGCUAGCAGGUCAGAGCUGCCCUGGUGCAAAAAUGAGGUUUGGGGGGGGUGGGUUAAUCCUAGCACAGACAUAGGCAAACAUCUACAGCUUGUAAAAAAAACAAUCCACCAUAACUGACUUUUGUGUUUCCUGUCACUGGCAGUCUCAGAGAAGAGGUCCAGUUGUGACAGGAGCUGUUGUGUGCUCAGCUGUAUUAUGGGGCUGGGAUGGAGGUGAAUUUAUGACUACCUCAGCAGCACGAAGCCUACAGCUGACCCACACUGUGUGCUUUUUAUCAUGGAUUUGCUGCUCCAGGAGCUAAAGUGCAGUAUGAGAAACGAGUUCUGACCUCUGCUGGAAGCCUAAAGCGAUGCAGUGAUGAAGGAUGCAGGCAAUUGCUCUUGCUGCUCUCUAGCUUCUUCGCCAUUGUGCUUAGUACUGAAGAUUUAAAUACCUUUGGUUUGGAGCAGGGAUCCAUGAAAUCUUGAUGGUAUGGUGCCAACAGCAGGAGUGACAAGAGCAUGCUCAAUAGCAAUCCUGAGUUCCCAUCUGCGUAACACACCUAAAUGAUACUUUGUGCUGGUAGCAAUACCCAUCCCACAGCUUGGGAAUCCCUAAUUUGGAAGUGUUCAUUCUUUAGGAUACAGCGUAACCAUGCAACAGCCAGAGUUUGGAGAAUUCUUCAGACUUUCAGGUCAGCAUGUUCUCUAAUACCUCUUGUCCAGGAAGAGGCUACGUGAACUCCAUGCUCAAAGCUGAGAUACCAGCAGUAUGCAUGGCUUUUAGAUGGGUUCAUCCGUAAAGUGCUUGGAGGCCAAAGCUGGGAUUAAUAGUCUUGUGGUUUGGCUGGAGCUAUCACUGUGAAUGCUGAUACUUCAUUACAAUACUCUGGAUGAGAAGAAUGCCGAGGGGGUGGGAGACAAUCUUGAGUUUUUUGUAUUUUAAUCAUCAAUAAAACCCUGUCAGCCUUUUCAGAGCCCUCA